AUGGUGGCUGGAAUUAAGCUCGGCACUCUUAAGGAGUGUCUCCAGUUCUUGCACUGGUUGCAUAAUGGCAAGCUGGGAAAGGGGAUGCAAAGCCUAAUAUCUAGUCGCCUGAAAAGGCUCCUCGAGAAGAGGUAUAACACUGUUAAUCCGACACAAAUUGAAAACGCGCUGUCUGCAUUCCUUAGCAGUGUACAUACAUUUCACAAUAAAUUAUGCACUUCUCCACGCGGUUCUUAUGCUGGCCCUCAAACCGCUAAAAAUGUCCUCAACACUUUGCUUGACUGCGUGCCCAAACUGCUUGCUGCCGUGUACUUUCUGCGGUACCAGGUGGACAGACGGUUCGAAGCACUGGGAGGAGGGGGGUGGGCGGACCAACAGGUUGGGGUGAUUGCACUGUACGCUUCACUUGGCGGAGGGUUGGUUGCAAAGUUCGCAAAUAUGACCGGUCCAGUAGACAAGUACCUCACUGCUGAAUCCGGCACUGACUACGGUGGUGUGAUACCUGGAGGCUUCGAUCCUAGUGAGUUGAGGCAAGGUCAUCUUCAAGGUUAUUCCGAAGCUUCUCAAAUGGCCGGUGACCUUCAAAGCAUCAUGGAAAAGCAUGCCGGUCAAAAUAAGCAAAACUAUUUCCUCGAUGUCUAUUCCACAACAGUAAUUCCAGACUCCGGUGCUGACACCGCUAACGUCGCCAACGCUCUUCGGUUGGUGCAAGAUUUCUGCAGGAUAUUUGGAAAGAUCGAAAAUAAAGAAGAUUUUGAAAAACAUUUAUACACUAAACAUAAAUGCAUAGACAUGGAGCAAUUAAAAACACAUUGCAAGAUACUUAAUGAGUCUCUCGGCAAAAUAUUCACCGCCAGCCGAUUUUCCUUUACCGGAUAUGCGCGGCAAGAUGAAUUCCUUAUCGACCAAUAUAUCGCCAAGAAGAUGGCCAGUUGGUUCAAACAGAAUUUGCAUAAAGUGAAAGAUAGUGUGAAAAAUAUUAAGGCCUUUAGCGAUGUAAGUCAUCUGAAGAAGCUGAAGGGCAGUAAAGCCCUGCGUCCGGAAGAGUCCAAGGCCCUUCAAAAUUAUUUUACCAACAACUUUAUUACUUACGGGUUCACGUUUUAUUCUAACAGCUAUACCACAAAAAAUGCCCCGUAUGAUCUUUUGCAAAAGGAGUGGGACAGCGCAAUCCGUGAGCUUAAGAGCAGUGACGGCGGUUUACAGAGGCUUGUGGAAAUUUUGAAUGGUCAACAGUGUCAAGCACAAGAGGAACAAAGAAAACAAAGGCGAAAUGAACGGCAAGAUGAUGAUCAACCUGAAGAAAUAGAUGAAGAAGCUCUGGAGGAGCCUGCGGAUGAACUGUUGCGGGAGGAUGGGCAGAUAGUUGAGGUCAUACCGCCUAAAAAGCCUGAGGUUCCGCCUGCCAAGGUUUCUGAAGUAACAGAAAAGAAAGCUGAUGGAACUCCCAACCAAGGCAAGAAGGCGGAGGGAACUCCAAAUCAGAAUAAUGGUCGAAGUGGAGAUACGUCUUCAGGUUCAGCAACCGUGAAGUCUCCUGCUCCAGCUGCGCCUCCCGGUAAGGAUGGAGGGUCAGGCCCGGCAGGGCCUACUGGUCAAGUGACUACGAUGUCUUCUUCGGCUCAAGAUACAUCAGUUCGAAGUGGUGAUCAUACGCAACGAACUGCUGAUACAGUAUCGCCAGUUCCUCCCCUUCCGCCUCCUCCCCCCAGUGGGCCUGCCUCCUCUGGUAUGCCAGGUGUCCAGGGUCAAGGUUCACCGGCCGGUGUUCCUACUGGUCACCAAUCUGCUCCCCCUCAUGGCAACGUGCUUACUCAGCAUACAGGUGUUUCAGGUUCAAGCCCUGGGUCACCUGGUUGUCAGGUGACUGGUCAAAAUGCUGGUCAGGACGCUAGUCAACAAAUUACUCAACUAACAAGUCAAGUUGUUGAUCAAAAUGUAAGCAGUGGCGCUACUCCGUCGGGUGUUAAAACGUCCAGUAAAGUUAUUGUAAGAGACAAUUUCGGAGAUGGAGGGCAGGCAGGCAAGGAUGAUAGUUGGUGGGGGGAAAAUGAGUGGAUUUAUAAAGAGGAUGUGAAAGGAAAAUGGAUACGGAAGCAACAAGAGGAUGAGUGGCUGAAAACGCAAGAACAGAAAGAUCUUGAACAGCAAAGAAGAUUGCAGCAGCAUUUGCGCCGUUUCCAGCAGCAUAAAAGCCGUUACACUGCACCCACCCCUAUUACUAUUCCGGAGCCGAUUGAUUUUAGCGUUGACGGCAACGUAGUUUAUUAUGACAGUGACACGGAACUGCAGGGGAAAAGGGACGUGUUUGAUCUGCGUAAUGAGCGAUAUAUGAAUUCACUCCGUGUGGAAACACUACGAAAAAUCGAAGAAAAGCAUAAACUUCAAAAGGAAGCGGCGGGGCGUUAUAAAACGUAUGAGGAACACAAAUACAUUAAAGGCCAGCAGGAUGCUGGCGACGUGUUCACUGGUAUUGUACCGUCAAACGCCGGAGGCAUGCCAAAAGUUUCUGUGCCCAAAGUCUUGGCAUCUAUUGUUCCCAUCGGAUAUCCGAUUAAGCCGCCGAAAUGGUCGAGACCUCCGAAAAACCCGCAGCAAGUGAGAUCUAUGCUGGACGUCACAAGCCACCGUGUUUUGCAACCUGACCCAAUGCGUUCAACCAUUCCGUCAGAGACCAUCGCCCCUCCCAUGUCCUUGAUGACGGAAUUCAGCGGAUCGCCUACUGAUGAAGCAAAGGGGGGAUUUCGCAUCUCCGCUCUCCCCCAAAUUGACUUUCAAAUCGACAAACCCUACACUCCGGAUGUCAUUUACGACGCUGAGAGGAUUCAAUACAUUCCGCCCCCUGCUGUAAGACACAAGAAUAUUGCGUCACCGUCUGAUAUACCUCCGCAUGCCCCAUUUCCUGAAACAUUCGAUCCAGGAAGUCUUGAGUUCCCAACCGCAGACUUAUGUCUUCCUCCCUGGAUCACCCAGACGCCAACACAUGACUCUACCGAUUUCCCCGAGACAGAGCUCUUCCCCUCCGAGGUGCCGCGCACGGUCAGGGACAUGCUCAUUUGGCUGGCCGGACUGCAACACAAAAAGCAUCAAGAGACUCUGCAAAAGUGUAUUAAUAACGCAUUCAAGCGCGGAGAUUAUGACGCUUCAGAUCUCCGACUCUCAGUCAACGGUGCUGACAUCAGACCCGAAAAUGUAUUGAACAUCUUAAAGCUUCCCUCCGUGUUCGCAGCCUCGGUGAUCACCGCCAUUGAACCUAACUGGAGAGUGGCAAUAUCGUCUGUAACUUUAGCGUCUAAGGACUCAGACCAAUCCAAGGACCCUGAUUGCUGCGCCCUCCUCUGCCAGCUGCGGGACUACGUCUACGCCUGCUACUACCAAUUGGCAUUCCUGAAGUCGCAGUGUAAUCGGAACACCAAGGAAGGUGGUUGGCAGGAUUGUCAAUACGGCCGUGAUGCCAAGAUGUCCCCCCUCCAGUCCUUCCUGACUGACGCCCCCAACUCCAAGUUCAAGACUCACCCCUUCGACCCGGGUGACAUCUGCCUCAAGAGCCGUGUCAACAUGGGAUUCGAAGAGGAGGAUCUGCCUGCCACUCAGCAAACUGGCAAUACACUCUCCACCAUCUUCUCUCCCACCUGCGGCGGCGAGGACCCCCUGCUGACAUUGACCUCCUACCUCAACUGCCUCACCAGGCGGACGCCGCGCACCACCGGGGAGCUUGUGUCUUUCUUCCACAAUUUCGGGAAUGCGCUUAAUGAUGCGUUUUCAGAUAAAUUGCUGCCACUGGGCUCCGCCCUCUCCAAGUCACAUGACCACUGCCCCGACUGGGACAGCCUUGGUGACGCCGACCUCAAUGCCCUCAAGGUGUUCAGAGGCUCCGCCACUCCCAACUCCAACUCCAUCCACGACAAGGACCAUCCCAAGACCCUGUCCACACUGCUUGGUUGCGACAUCACUAAUGCCAACUGCCCACAACUCUUGAAGCCCAUCACCUACCGGGCCUACGCCCUGUACUCUUCCAGCUUCGUACACCACUACCUCAGCUGGGUGGCCUACCUAUCUGACAGACUCUGGGAGUCGCUGAAAAAGCUGAGUAUAGACAUGAAGAAGCAUUAUGGUACCAAGUGUUUAUCACUCCACCAGUGCCCCGAAGCCCUGCCCCUCCUCUACACUCACGGGUUCACUGCACCAGAAGGGACACUACAAUCACGAAUCUCCUGUUCCAAGGUCAGCGCUAAGUUGGAGGCAGUGGUCUCCGGAAAGCCUAUCGCAAGGCUCAUGACCGCCAUGGACACAUUCCUCUACGGCAUCCGUCUACCAUUCCUCUACACCAUCAUUACGCUCUGGCUCAUCGCCACGCUCUACAUCCUCGGCGUCCUACUCUACCGCAUGGACGUCCUGCGCAUCCGCUCGCACCUAAGGACGCCGACAUCGCUAUAG